CAACUCUGUUCUCCGGCCCGGCCCCGAUUCUUCCGAUAUAAUCUUCAGCAUCUCCUCCGUCAUCUACGGCACGAUCUCUCUCUCUCCCAACAUUAUUAUGUCGGGGGCGCCUCUUCGCGGCAAUUGUUGACGUAAUCUCCAACGGUCGCCAAGUGCAGUUUGUAUAAUCAUAUCGUGCGCACAUCGCAUAAUAACCGGUAAUUUCAAAUUGGCAAAUUCUGGCACUUGACGGGCUGCAGUGUGUACACACAUAUUUAGUAUAGCGCGGGAGACGGUGCGUCCAGGGAUAUCUAAUUAUUUCUCCACCGGUGAUCAUGGCUGUCUGGAAUCCCCAUGGUGUCGCUCUAUCGGCUGUGCCGGAUGUGGAAUUGAGUAGCGGAUAUAAGAUGCCUAUUCUCGGACUGGGAACAUGGCAGGCUGUUUCGGGUGAAGUGGGAAAAGCCGUGGAGGAUGCCAUCGAUAUUGGUUAUCGGCAUUUUGAUUGUGCCCUGAUCUAUGAGAACGAGGAGGAAAUUGGUAAUGCGAUUAAACGAAAAGUGGAUCAAGGUGUCAUCAGCCGGGAGGAUGUAUUUCUCACGACAAAGCUUCCAGUCUAUAAAAAUGAUCCCGAGUGUGUGCGAGAGGCAAUUAGUACAUCUUUGAAGAGAUUAAAAACCAGUUACGUCGACCUGUACCUUGUCCACGCGCCGGUGUCUAUUGACGGGAAACAGUUUGCCAAAUUAGGUCGGGAUGAAUUUUUCAACAAGCCGAAGGAUCCUUCAACAUUCUUUAAAGAUAUGGAUGCUGCGCUUGUAUGGAAGGAAAUGGAAAAACUCGUGGAAGAGGGAUUCGCCAAAAGUAUCGGUUUGUCCAAUUUCAACGAAGACCAAAUCCAGCAUGUACUGAAUAACUGCCGUAUAAAACCGGCUGUGCUCCAGGUGGAAUGUCAUCCAUACUUGCCACAGGAAGACCUGCAAACAUUUUGCCGGAAGAAUUACAUCGUCAUGACCGCGUACGCACCGCUCGGCUCAGCAAAAUUUCAAUCAGCCAAAACCAACAAUGGCAACCGCCACGGGGCGCUUCUUCAGGAGACACUGUUGGGUCGAAUCGGAGAAAAACAUGGAAAAACAUCGGCACAGAUUUUACUGCGCUGGUUAAUUCAGCGCAAUAUUGUCGCCAUCCCGAAAAGCGUCAAGAAAGAGCGCCUGCAGGAGAAUUUUGAGCUGUGGGAUUUUUGUCUCAGUGAACACGAGAUGGGCCAAAUCAGCGGUCUGGCCAAAUCGGAUGGUCGAAUGUUCACGCUCGAUAUGUGGUCGGAUUCCCCAAAUUAUCCAUUCAAGUAGCAACCUUUCACCGAGCGUUCCAUGUCUUUAUGGCGGCAAAGGUCAUCGGCAUAUAGCCAUGCGAUACUUUUUAAUCAAACCUGUUUUCUGUGAAUUUGUAUGAUUACUAACCGUACUUUAUUGAUUUUUGUGUUUCGUCAUAGCGCUCAUACGAACAUUGGACACAUCCUGUAGUUGGGUAGACUUGUGCCAAUUGGUAAAUUCAUUUCAUCGUGUGGUCGUCAUCCCAUUCGCUGUUGACAACGUGCGUUUACCUGGUUCAAUAAUAUCGGUUAUCCAAAAAACGUGCAACCACAAUUGUACU